AUGCCAAUUGAUGAUGAAUUAGAUGAACUUUUUAAUGAGUCUAAAAGUAAUGACGAUGAUUUAUUAGAAGCUAAUGAUGAAAUGGUUGAUGAUGAUUUAUUACAGGUUGUUGGUGAAGUAAAUGAAGAGAAUGUGAGUGGAGUUGUUAAGAAUACUAAAAGAGAAAGUUAUUGGUGUGUGAUAUAUCGACAAGAUGGCUCUUUGGAGAUUUAUAAACUUCCCGAAUUACAAGAAGUAUUUCAUUUUCCACAUUUUGAUAUGACCCCAACUGUUCUUGUGGGAUUUUUCCUACAAUAUUAUUGA